UCCGGUGGGAGUGGAGGCGAACUAGGCUCGCAGGAUCCGAGGAUCCGAGGAUCCGGGCGGGGUGAAUGUAUAUGAACUAAUGCAGCCUGAUCAAACAUCGACCACAAACUCAGUUACCCACUAAUAUCCUCAGGUCCUUUAAGGGUAUAUCAUGGCUGCUACCUCCCAGGUGUUCAGGGUCAUCCGUGGCAGGAGAUUUGGUCGGAUACUGGUGCCAGCCAUAACAUGCCAAAACUGCAGCCGGUCUCCUCAUCCAUGCAUCAGUGCAACUCAGCCACACAGCUUUGAACAAAGAUGGCGGCACCAGGUGCGGGGAUACAGGACCUCACCUGCAUGGCACACCUACUACUUGACCCCACCUCAGGUUAACAGCAUUCUAAAAGCUAACGAGUACAGCUUCAAAGUUCCUGAGUUUGAUGGCAAAAACCUCAGUUCGAUCAUGGGCUUUGACAGCAACCAGCUACCGGCAAAUGCACCCAUUGAGGAUCGCCGAAGUGCAGCAACGUGCUUGCAGACCCGUGGCAUGCUUUAUGGCGUAUUUGAUGGCCAUGCAGGCUGCGCAUGUGCUCAGGCACUCACCGAGCGCCUCUUCUAUUACAUUGCCGUCUCAUUACUGCCACAUGAGACGUUGAUGGAGCUGGAGAAUGCGGUGGAGAGCGGAAGACCUCUUCACCCGAUAUUGCAGUGGCACAAGCAUCCCAACGACUACUUCAGCAAGGAAGCUUCACGGCUCUACUUCUCCAGUUUGCGCACGUACUGGCAGGAACUGCUGGAUCUGAGCGUUCCUGGGGAGCAACCGGAUGUUGCUGAAGCUCUUGUGAGUGCCUUUAAAAGGUUGGACAAUGACAUUUCCCUUGAAGCGCAGGUUGGCGACCCGAAUGCGUUCUUGCACUACUGGGUGCUCCGUGUUGCAUUCUCAGGCGCUACUGCAUGUGUUGCACACAUUGAUGGUAAUGAGCUGCAUAUUGCCAACACUGGAGAUUGCCGUGCAGUCCUGGGCGUACAAGAACCUGAUGGCUCUUUUUCUGCCCUCACACUCACCAACGACCACAGUGCGCAGAAUGAAUCUGAGAUGAAGCGUGUGCGGUCUGAGCACCCGCUUUCUGAGGCCAAGAGUGUGGUGAAGCAGGAUCGACUGUUGGGGUUACUCAUGCCAUUUCGUGCCUUUGGAGAUGUUAAAUUCAAGUGGAGCAUUGAACUACAGCGCCGUGUUCUUGAGUCCGGACCGGACCAGCUCCAUGAGAAUGAGCACGCCAAGUUCAUCCCACCCAACUACCACACACCACCCUACCUUACGGCGGAACCGGAGGUGACGCGACACCACCUUCGUCCACAGGAUCGUUUCCUGGUGCUGGGUUCGGAUGGGCUGUGGGAAACGCUACACAGGCAGGAGGUGGUGAGGAUUGUGGGUGAACAUCUCACUGGAGUGCACCAGCAGCAGCCAGUCAGUGUUGGCGGCUAUAAGGUGACCCUGGGUCAGAUGCAGGGAUUGUUGCAGGAGAGGAAAGCUCGCAUCUCCUCCACCUUCGGAGACCAGAAUGCGGCUACGCACCUGAUUCGGCACGCAGUGGGGAAUAAUGAGUUUGGAAUGGUGGACCAUGAGAGGUUGUCAAAGAUGUUAAGCUUGCCAGAGGAAUUAGCCCGCAUGUAUAGGGAUGAUAUCACAAUCAUUAUAGUGCAGUUUAACCCACACGUCAUUAGCGGACAGUAGAAGAGUAUGUAACUCUUUCUUUCACAUGCUGUUACAUACAUCAUCAAUUCUAAUCUUACGCACAAUCUCAUCACACUGCAUUAUCAGUAAUAUCAGCACAGCGAAAUGUUACCUAUCUAUAACAGUGGAAAGUAUUACUCUUGAGUGUAUUUUUAUGUUCAUUUUUAUUUUCACAUGGCAUCUGCCUUUGAAAGGAAUCUGAGCAGUGUUGAUUCUCAAUGUUAUAUGUGGAAUUAAGCCAAACAGAAAGAAUUAUGCUAAGCUCACCGCAGACCUACUAUCACAAUUAAACCGUCAAAAUGCAACACAAAACCAUAAAUCAAGACUGGAAAUAUACUAAUGUAGGUUUAGCAGAUUUUGCACUUGGGAGAGAGUUUAUAUAGUGCUUGUGUUGUGCCAAACUUUGCUUUUAAUUUUUGAAUGAAUGAAAAAGGAAAGUAAAGCAAAGGUCAUUUUUAAAUGUUGAGUGAGAAAGAAUGAGGAUAGAAAGCAAAAUAGGUCCAGAUAUGUACUUUUAAAUUGGAGUGCUCUGUAACUGGGAUAUGUCAAAUGAGACGUUAUCUUAAAGGGACAGUACACUCAAAAUGUUUAAUUCUGCCUCACCUUCAUGUAAUUCAAAGCCUGUAUGACCGUUCAAAAACAAGAUAUUUGAAAAAUGUCCCGGUGACUAAAAGUCAGUGGGGCCCAGUCUUAUUUUGGACCCCACUGGCUUUCAUUACAUGGACACAAACUGUUACUCAUAAUGCCUUUUUGUGUCCUGCAGGUUUCAGAAUGACAUAAAGAUGAGUACAUUUUAACGUUAACUAUGCCUUUAAUGUUUUAUUUAGGUUCUAAUGAACCAAAUGAGUUGCUAAUGUCACUAAUUAUCCAGGGACAUGAAAGCAGUAGUGGUGUGUUUUUCAGAAUGUAUUUUCUUCCAAACUAUUUUAUUUUAGUACCAUUUGUAUUCUAUCUUUAUUUGACUGAUAAGUUCUUCUUUUUGUACAGCAUGCCUUAGAUACAGUUUUUCAUGAAGCAUGUCUUGGAGUUCAAGUGUCAUCAAAACAUGGUUUGCACAACCAAAUUAUCUUCUCAUUACUGUAAAAGUCCUGAUAAAGAGGUCUGCGUUAUUUUUCUACCUGUACGUGGAAUCAGAAGUUGAGCAUUUGAUUUGUUUUUUGCAGCAAGGCAGAAGUUCCAUAUUGUUCCUUAAUUGACACUUUUAACGUGUAAAAUGUAAUUAAAGACAUAACUGUUACUGCACACAAAAGUUUCUUAAAUAUUAUUCUUACCUCUGACAAUGAACUUUUAUUUAUAAUGCUGCUGGCGAUUGCUGAAAUUCCUGUUUGGUUUUCUGAUGUGUGGAUGUGGGCUGAAUUUCUCUGAAAGGUGAAGGAGAGGUAUUUAAGGAAACCGAGGUUAAUGACACAACAAACCAGAUAUACUUACACUUCUUAUAAGAUGCAAACAUACCUAUAUGAUUACACUACAAUGGGGAAAUGUGAACCUGAAGGAUUUUUUGAUUGUGUUUCCAAAGUAAUUCAUUUGGUUUCAAAGUAUUUUUCCAGGUGUCACAACAUCUUUCAAGUGAUUACCGGCCACAAGAUAGAAAUUAGAAUUUGAGUUCAAUGUCAUUUUUUUUGGUCCCAGGGUUAUUGAACAAGUUUAAAGCCAUAACUCUGGGAUUGUUCUUUCUUGCCUGUUUUCAUUAUGUUCUCCGCUCUUGCACAAAAACAGCUGAUUACCACAUGAAAUGUUUCGAAUGAUAGUUAAUCAGCAAACAGUGUUAUUAAUGUAAUACUGUAAUAAAGUUAUAGGCUUGCUGAAGUGUAAAUACAGACUGCUUUAUACUUGGAAGUAAAUGUAUGCUGCAGCUUGUUAAGUUUGAAAUGUUUAGUAUAUUUAACAAUAUUACUAUGUGCUGGUGCAUGGGCAUGACUUCUACACAUACUCUUGCCUUUUGUAUUUCAAAUGUUUUAAUAAAAAUG